CAGCCCAUCCACGAAAACACGGAUGGAGAAAACAAGUGCUGGCUGCUUUAGCCAGCAAAUGACUUCUUCCCUAUCCAGUGUUUUUCUGAAGAGAGACCACAUGAGAGAUCUCAGAAGAUACCUGGUACUCAAAUAUAUUCAGUACUUAGUCCUGCCUUCUUCAAAUACUCUCAUCACUCUUUUGGGACUUUUAGGCAGUCUGUAUACAAUACUCAUUCUGAAGUCUCCAAGCAUAUCAUACAAGUCCACUGCUGUUUUUAUUUCAUACAUAGCAAAAGCAGACAUACUGGUUUUUGUUAGCAUUGUUUCCAAGAUGAUCAUGGAGCCAUUUGAUGUUAAAAUCGUAUCUGCAGCCUUUACAACAGCCCUGUGGCAGAAUUUCCUGACUGCAAAUACACAUAUGUGCUGCCUGCUGCUAAGCUGUGUUACUUUUGAGGCCCUUUUGAUAAGCAUAUUUUCAGUAGAAUCACGCCAUAUAAGGACUGUGAAAUACGCCAGACGGACAUCUAAUAUGAUCUACACUGUAGUAAUUGCAGAAUGCAUCAUUUUCCAGAUGGAGGACUUCCAGGAACCUUUUGGCCUCAACAGUCAAUAUAUUUUGUUGCUUCACUUCUGUUACAGAGCAUCAUCUCUUCUCAGGUCUCUUAGUUAUUCCAUAGGCUUGUCUUUAAGGAUAAUCAAUGUAUAUAUUUACUACAAAAUAUUUUUUAAUGUGUCUAACAGGUCUAGGCUAAAGACAAAGUAAUGUACCUUCUAGAAGAAACAAGUACUCUAUAGCCCAAUAUAGAGAAUAUGGAAAAUGCUAUUUUAAAAGUGAUGGGGUUUGAAUUAUAUAAACAUAAGCCAGGCAAUCCAGGAUCAAGGCUGAUUGUUUUAUGACUAAGUAUUUCAGUCUGUCAUGCUGAGCUGAUAAAUGAUGAUAUGUGUCUCAGAGCUGAGGAAAAGCUAAACUAAUCAGAGGGUGCUGUCAGCCUCAGCACAAGAUUUACUUGCUUGGAAAGGCGAGGACUGAGCCAUAAAGUUAGUGAUUUUAUAGAUGUGACAAAUUUAUUACCAAUUUAAAAUGGGUUUAAGAAAUUAAGCCAUCUGGAUAUCACUAUUCAUAUUAAAACAAUGCUUAGAGACUGAAUCAGGGAUACAGACCGCAUCAUGCCAAUUGCUAUAAAAAUAUGUAGUAAACAGCCAGUCCAUGCCGCAAAGAGUUUACAGUUCAAGUUAAUCAUGACACUCAACAGGUAGACGAGCUGCGUGCAUGCAGUAGCUAGCCACCUGCCUAGCCAUUAUCAACAUGCAGGGUUCUGCAAGCAGCUCACACCUAUUGUGAUAUCAUGCCAUAGCACACUACUUGCAGUUACUUUUAUAUAGUUACUUCAGCACAUUAGCAAAUAGCUCCUGAAACUUCCCCCAACUGAAAUAAAGAGAAACCGAAGGGAUAGAUUAUGACUGUCCUAAAGUGCGGGUUUCUAGUCACCCUUUCUCCUAGAGAAUUUACGCAAGAGGCAACCAUACUUUGGACAGCUGUGCUCCCAGCAUGCAGUGAGGGGAAGAUGGACUAGUGCUAUCAACAGAGUGCCAAAUCCCAGAGGACUUUGUACAGGAAAGGACUUGGCCAUGGAUCUGUGUGUGGCUGCUCUGAGGAAGAGUGUAGCGUGCCCUUGUUACACAGUUCAUCUUGAGGCUUUAUGCAGUUCAUAGACAUCAUAAUACCUCCAGCUGCUGCAUUCCAGUGGUGCUACACCGGCUCCCCACAACAUAGCUCAGGCUUUUACAAGCCAUAGCCCUUCUCAUAUGGAUACUAGAUUUCUCUGAUAGAAAUUUUCAAUUGACACUAGAAAGUCCCUGUUGCUUAGAAGAGGGAAUGUGGUUUUAAGGUGAAGUUUCAGAAUGAAUGGCAGGAGCCCUGCUUCUAUUCUUGGUUCGAUCCCUUCCUGCUUUCUAACCUUGAGCAAAUGAUUUAUGGCCAAUUUUUCCAACAUAGCCUCUAAUUUGGUUGCCUAAAUAUCUGUGUUCCCAGCAUUGGACAUUUGUGACCAGGUUUUCACAGGGCCCAACCACCUAUCAACUCAAAUUUAAACCAAUAGGAGCCGCAGAUGCUCUGCCAAUCUGCAAGUUAUAGCUUUAGUUUAGCCUAUAGUUGGAAAAAGGGAGAUCCCAAAAUGUAGGCACCAAAAAUUAGAAA